AUGGAGCAGCGCAAGAACGCCUACGUUGAGCACCAACAUCGUAUAUAUAGCGCAGCCUACGUGGGCAGAAAAGUCGCCAGCGAAGCAGUAGAAUACUACUAUUUCAGACAGCACCAGGUCACCAACGUCACGAACUUGAAGAAGACGCUCACGAAGGAUAUGUUCAAUCUCGGCGUUAAACCGUACGAGUUUAUCCGAGUGCUGCACAUUUACCUCAAUAUUGACAAGGUAGUCACUCGAUCGAAAGUGGACUGGAAGGGCUGGCUUGUCGAGGAGGAAGAUCCAGAAAAAGCGAUUGCGAGGGAGAAGAGACACCUCAACGAUUUGUAUCAGAAACUGACGUCUGGCUUGUCCCUCAUUGUGCGAGGAAGACGUCGUUGGCCGGUGAAGAUCAUGAUCGAAUUGACAAUGGGCAGUUAUCCAGGUGGCGGUGCUGAUGCGAGGACUCAAGAUCAAGUCACCGCUCGGCGGGACUACGAACGUGGGUUCUUGAACGUACUGGAGACGAUACGCAGACCGGUGUAUGACACGAUACAUGCUGGCUUCGAGGUCGAAGUUGCAUGGAAUGGGAACAAGGCUUUCACCGAGACUGCUCUCUCCGAAGAACACUUCUUCCGCCUCAGUAAGGAGGAAUGGGAAAAGGAAAAAGCCUCACAAGUAACCCGCCACGGUAACUACAACCCCAAAGCGCACUACAAGCCCAAAAGCCUACUACGCUACACCCGCGAUAUCAACAAAUACUACCAAAUGGACUUCGCCAAAAACCUACCCCAGUACCGAGCCAGGUGGGGCUAUGAAUCGUUCGAGCGGCUGCUGCAUCUUGGAAGAUGGAACGUCCGAUGGAAACGGUACGACGACAGUUCCGAUUCGGGAGGCUAUCCAAUGCCAGUGCAUACGAAUAGCAGUGCGUAUAGUGAUAGUGAGCGGCCGGAUGGUUGGUAUGAUAGGUACGAGGAUGAGUAUAUCUCGGGAGAAGAGGACGAGGAUGAUGAUGAGGAGGAUGGCGGAGAUGUGUACGAUCACAGCGACAAUGAAGCUUCCUACGACAGCUUGGAUGAAUGGGCACUGGCCCAAAUCGCGUAG